AUGUAUCUGUUCUUUCUAACAGCACGCAAGCCAGCUUCUUGCAUAAUGGCAGCGAUCACCGCACCAGACAAUGGAUCGUUUCUAACGAUCAACGAGUCCAAAUCCACUUCAGGUGCCAAAGCCAUUUUUGACGCGACGGUGGAGAAGAUCAACCGUCUCUCUCUUCUGUCUUUCAACGAGGGGAACUCUAUCUUUCUGUCCAAUCUUCCUGGUCUCAACAACGCUGGGUCUAAUGUGUCAGCUCUGUUGGUAGCCAUGAUCACCUUCACAUUGGAAGUCUGGUCAAAACCAUCCAUUUGGUUCAACAAUUCCAAUAAAAUUCUCUGCACCUCACGAUCAGCACCAGUCUGCGCGUCAAAUCUCUUUGUGGCAAUGGCAUCAACUUCGUCAAUGAAGAUGAUGGCAGGCGAGUUUUCACGUGCUAAUCUGAAGACAUCUCUUACCAUUCUUGGUCCUUCACCCAAGUAUUUCUGCACAAACUCCGAUCCAUUGAUACGAAUAAAUGCCGCAGUAGUAGAGUUGGCUACAGCUUUGACCAACAUCGUCUUACCUGUACCUGGAGGACCGUAG